AUGAGUAGCGUCUUACUUCCCUCGCGAGCGCCUGCGCCCGCGCCCGCGCCCCAGGCCAAAUCCCGUCCACCACAACGCCCCGCUGCCUACUACGCCAGACGCCUUUCCCUCCCGCCCGUCCACCCGCAGUCCCACGACCACCACGUCCAACCCGUCCCGCAGUCACCUACCCCAGUCUCGCCGCGCCGUCAACCCAUGGACUCGAGACACUACCAUAGGCCGCCGUCGCCAGGCAGCAGGCGCCUGGCUGUGCCCGAGCGCGCCUCGACCGGCACCUUCGGCUACGAUGCCUACUACAACACCACCUACAGAUCGCCGAGGUCGAGCGGGGAGCGCAUUGUGCCCUCGUCGACCACCAACUAUUCCACCCAACCCAGCGCCGCCACGAGAAGCAGUGUUGCGGGCUAUGAUGCUUACUCUGGACGACCCCGCCAUUCCACCAUCGAGGAACGCCAGCGCCCAGCCACGGUCGUGUCUGGCGGCAUGCCUCUGCGGACAACGACGCAUAACACCGUAGUCCAUUCCCAUGACAGACAGACCAGCCCACCAUCGCGCUCGUACGACAGUCGUGCAAACACUUACGUCACGCCCGCUACCUCGGUACAACGGUCCUCAUCGUCGAAGCAAGGUCACUCCCACGGACACAGAAAGGUCUAUAGCAUAGACGAUGGCAAAGCUGUUCGGGUAGACCCACGGGAGCUCGACACUGCCCAUAAACGUGAAAGCGGCAGCUACAGGCAUUCCGGGAAUUACCACCCGAGUAGUAAACGCCAGGACCUGAACGAUGAAGGCUAUUCGUACACGAACGCUGCGGGCAUGUAUAGAGAUACCGAGCCAAGCUGGCGCCGGGAUCGUCGGGGCAGCGUUGAUGGCGGCAGCCGGCGUCCACUCAGCAUGGUGGAGGCUUAUGGCCCGCGAUCGUCUGCUCGAGAGCUCGGCCCGCCGGUCACGACUCGGGGCUUUGACAGAAUCAACGAGGCACCUGUGGGCAGGUCCGGGAGUGUGCGUGAUUAUGGACGCCCCACACCCCGAGACAGGUCCAGAGACAGGCCCAGCACCGCCGACUCCUACCACCGCGAUGAUACCUACCGUGUGCCGGAACGUACAUCGUCGGUGAGACAGCCUCUUGUGCAUCAAGACGACCGACGCGAAGAUCGCUAUGCGUACCGAGAUGAUUAUGACGAUCGCUCUGAUCCCCGGCGGUCAUCCAGGCGGUUUGAGGAUCCCGAUGUCGAAGCCCGAGGCUUCGGUAUUCGACCGCCCAGCAAUGUCGAUCCAUACCCUCGAGAGGAGUCGCUGGACCGCCGACCACCUCCGCCAGCGCUAUACCAAGUUGAUCCGUCCGUGCAAGUUCCAAAUGUCAAUGAUUAUAUUCCCGCCCCGCCACGCGACGAGGGCAGAAGGGAGUAUCGUGACUACAGAGACUACGAACGGGAUAGACCUCGUGAACGUGAUUACGAAAGUGACAGAGAGCGGGAGCGGCGCAGGGAUCACGACAGGGAUCGCGACGACCGCCGUGACCGGGACCGAGACCUCCUUGCAGGCAUUGCUCCUGCAGCCGUUGCCGCAGUCAGCGCAGCAUAUGGUGCUCCACGCCAUGCUCGCGACCACAAACAAGACUCUGACGAAGAAAGACGCCGCGAGCCGAGAAAGAAGCGUUCCGAUGACAGCGAUGAGGCUCCUCGGGAGAGGCACUACGAAGACGUGCGGGAGCGCGAGAGGCGUGAGCCUCGCGACAAGCCUACCGAGACCCUGGACCCUGACGAGGACUAUCGACGUCGGAUCCAACAAGAGCUUGAGCGUUCAAGCGGCAGCGUUGACCGGACGGCGAGUGACUCCGAACGCGAAAAAGAACGUCGUAGGCGAGAGCGCCACGAACGACGGGGUCGGGAAGAGACGGGACGCACUAGAGAUGAUGGCCCAAGCGACCAAAAGUACGACAGAUAUAGCGAGCGCCACAACAGCGUCUUCGGCGAGUCCCUGGUCGACGAGCCGGGGUCCAUGUCAGCGCCGGAGGAGAGAGACGACAAGGGCCGCGUGCGCAUCGUCACCCUACCCAAGUCUGACAAAGAGUCGACGCCACCACCAAAGGGGAUCCUACGUAAGCCGACUGAGAAAUUUCCCGAAGACCCGAACCCAAUUCGCGAGGGUGUCGCGCCUAUGAAGGAUGCCAAGAAGGGCAAAGAUAUCCCGCCGGACGCACGUUGGACCAAGAUCGACCGACGCCUCGUCAACCCGGAAGCGCUGGAGGAAGCGAAGGAGCGGUUUGAGGAGCGGAUGGACUGCGUGAUUGUGCUGCGGGUCCUCACCAAGGAGGACAUUCAGAAGUUGGCGGAUCGCACACGCGAGAUCCGCGACGGCAGAGGUAAAUAUAAAUCUCUUCCAGCUCCUCCAGACGUGCAUGCCUCGUCGGAUGCGGAAGUGCCGCGGAAGCCCGCUGCCCUGACUUCGUCGUCAUCGUCGUCGUUGUCGGACAAUGACAAUGGCGAGCGCGAGCGACACAGAAGUAGGAGUAGGAGCAGGAGCAAAGACGACGCGCGCACACACGGCGACCAUCAUAAGCACAAGCGCAGGCAUCGGCGGCGGCACUCUUCCUCACACGACCAUGGGCGGCAUGGCGGCGACGACCGCGGCGAGCACACUUCUUCCUCUUCACCGCACGCCGCAGCGCCGCCGUCCGAUGGCGACGCCGAGCGCUCCUCUCGCCCUCCCCGCACCCUCUCCGCCCUCAUCACCCCCGUCCUUGACCAAGUUCUCACCGCGCUAACGCGUGACAAAGAAGACGAGUACCGCCGCGAAUCUCGGCACCAUGACCGGGAGCACCGCGACCGCGACCGCGAACGUGAUCGGCACGACGAGCGCGACCGGGAGCGGCGCCAUCACCGCCGGCAUAGGGACAGGGACGACGAGUACGAUUCUGAUGAGAGCAGUGAGGGGGAGCGGAAGGAGCGGAAGGAGAGGCUGCGCAUUGAGGCGCCCCCGGUGUUGCCGGUGCAGGGGGGCCCGUUGGCGGAUGUGCUUGGGGAGAGGGAUCGUGAAAGGGAACGCGAGCAAGAGAGGGAGAGACAGUUUUACGUUGACCCGUCGAGGUGA